UAUUUACAAAAUUAAAUGUGUUACAUUUACAAAAGAGACAAAUUACAGAAUAUCAUAAAAAAUUUAUAAGUUCACUUCAAAAUAAUUCUAAAGAGAUAUAAUGUUUUCAAAAUGUAUGAUUCUUUUGUGCGUGAGUAAUUUGAUUAAGCUGAUAUUGUCAAAUGAGGGAAUAACAUAUUUAACAAGUGUUAAGAUGAAUAAUAAAACAGAAAUGGAAUGUUAUGGAGAGAAAUUAAAUUUUAAAUUUCAAUUCAAUCCAGUUGAUGAAGAAUGGAAAAAAAAUAAAUGUGAAAGCUUGGGACAUACGUUUAUAACAGAUACGCCAUUUGUGUUAGCUUAUUAUCAAAAGUACAGAUAUCAAGAUCUAUACAAAGUAUUGUCUAACGUAAUAUGUGGAGACACAAAAUUUAGUACAUCACUACAAAAAAACAUUUGUUUAAGCAUAAAUACAAAUGAUGACAUUAAAAAACUUUUUCGUGAUGAAGAAUCUUUUAAUGAAUAUUUAAAUCAUAAUAUAACAUUUAUAAAUUCAGUUGGAGCUGAAGAAUGUCCAAUUUGUUUCGAAAAACCUGAUGUACUUGUUAUAUUGAAUGAGUGUCAUCACUGUUUAUGUAAAAAAUGUGCUGAUACACUACUAAUUAGAGAUGAAAAUAAAUGCCCACUUUGUAGAAAAUGUUAUAGCUAUUACACAGACAACGUCGAAGAGCGUUCCGCCGCCGCCUCUAGAAGAUUCCUCUGACUAGGAUUUAAGGGCAAGAUCGUCGCUCCAGUCAAUCAAUCGAUCAGUCAAUCACUUACGCAUUUUGUCUUAAACGCGCUUCGUCUCUCGCUGUUAUUUGUUAGUUCGUUGUAAUAUAGUAUAGUUAUUAUUAAACCGUAAAAGUGUUUAUUACUUCUAUAUAUUACACCUCGCUACAUUGGUGACCUCGACGAUAACAAGUAUGAACGCCGAAGAACUACGCAAUCAAUUGGAGGAGUUACGCCAAGAAAACGCUCGCCUUGCAGCACUACAGGCACAGCAAUAUCCAACAGCUUCAGUGAAUCGCGUUGCCGUCAAGUUGCCACCUUUCUGGUCCGAAAGACCGAGCUUAUGGUUCUCACAGGUUGACUCGCAGUUUGCAAUCUCGGGAAUAACAAGUGAGGAAACAAAAUUUAAUUAUGUUGUGGCUCAGCUUGAUACGCGUUACGCCGCCGAAGUAGAGGAUAUUAUUACUAACCCACCGCCUACUGAACGCUACAAACAUCUACGCGCAAAACUCGUUGAACGGUUGUCUAUCUCAGAAGAACAACGUGUGCGGCAACUCAUCAAUGAAGAAGAACUAGGUGACCGUAAGCCAUCACAGUUCUUACGACAUCUCCGUUCCCUUGCCGGCACUACUACAUUACAAGACAAUAUUUUACGUCAACUUUGGCUCCGCCGUCUACCAUCACAUGCACAAGCUAUUUUAACCGCACAAUCAGAGCUUCCUCUGGAUAAAAAGGUUCCUAACCGAUAGAAUGGACUCCCGAGUUAGAAAAAGCGUUCACCACAUGCAAAGAAAUUCUUGCGACCGCUACUCUUUUAGCACAUUCUCAUCCAGCUGCACGACUUGGACUAUUCACAGACGCAUCUAGCCAAUCUAUCGGCGCAUGUCUGCAGCAGCGAGUCAAUAACAUCUGGCAACCCAUAGCAUUUUUUUCAAAGAAAAUGUCGGUGAAACAAAGUGCGUGGCCUGCGUAUUAUCGUGAGUUGCUUGCCAUCUAUGAAUCGGUGAAGUAUUUCAGGCACAUUGUCGAAGCACAACCAUGUACCAUUUUCACCGAUCAUAAGCCACUCGUAUAUGCUUUCACCCAACGGAGAGAAAAGAUACCUCCUACGCAACUCAACCAGUUGACAUUCAUAUCCGAAUUCACCACCGACAUUCAACUCAUUAAAGAUGAUGAAAAUAUCGUCGCGGAUACAAUGUCAUGCAUUGAAGUUGUGUCUCUCCCGCUGGACUACCGAGCUCUUGCUGCAUCUCAAGACACGGAUGAUGAACUCAAACAUUUUACUGACAACAAUUCAUCUCUUCAUUUGGAGAAGGUACUAGUGCCAGGAUCUUCAGCCUAUAUUUAUUGCGACACGUCAACGGGACGCCCACGACCAUUUUUGCCACAACGAUUCCGGCGUCACGCAUUUGAUCAGUUACACAACCUUAGUCACCCCGGUGCACGCGCAACAGCUCACUUAGUUUCAGAACGAUUUGUGUGGCCAGCAAUGAAAAAGGAUUGCCGUUCCUGGGUACGUGCCUGCAUCCACUGUCAGCGAUCGAAAAUAAGCCGACACGUCUCAGCCCCACUGGGAAACUUUGAAACACCUUCACGCCGAUUCAAACAUGUUCAUGUCGAUAUCAUCGGUCCAUUGCCGCCAUCACAGUCCUUUAGGUACUGUCUGACGGUAAUCGACCGUUUCACCCGUUGGCCGGAGGUGUAUCCACUCUAACGUAUAACAGCAGAUGAUGUCACUAAGGGUUUCCUCAAUUGCUGGAUUUCACGCUUCGGAGUACCUCAAUACGUUACGACUGACCGUGGUACUCAGUUUGUUUCAGCUACUUUAAAAACUUUAGCAAAACGUUUUGGUUUUAUGCUUCGCCCCACUACCAGUUGGCAUCCUGCUGCAAACGGAUUCGUCGAACGAAUGCACCGACAACUAAAGGCAGCCAUCAUGGCCCACGCAAAAGACUCGUGGACUGAGUCACUGCCUAUCGUGCUUCUCGGAAUACGUUCUGCGUUAAAGGAAGACUUAAAAGACACGUCUGCGGAUCUUGUUUAUGAUGAGCCUCUUAAUCUUCCUGGUGAUUUCUUCACAGACAAUCAAGAUAAUAGCAGUACGAACGACCCUACUAGCUUACUAGAUCGUCUUCGCAGUGUUAUGAAUAAAAUCCGUCCAGUACCUGCAUCUCGCCACUCAAAUCCACGAUCAUUUGUUUUUGCGGACCUUAAGGAUUGUUCACACGUAUUUCUCAGGGAGGGAGGUGUCCGAGCAGCACUUCAACCACCAUAUCAAGGUCCCUACGAAGUAAUUGCCCGAAAUGACAAAAUGUUCACAAUAAAAGUUCGAAAUCAACCAGUUACGGUGACGAUUGAUAGAGUAAAACCUGCCUACCUCAAGGUGAACGAAAGCACAACCGAUAGCCAGGCACAUGCUCCACCAGCAACUGCCCCGAAUACGCCCAAACAAAAACAACCGCCUAAUACCGAUUAAUCAACACAGCCAGUACGAACAACUCGCUCAGUUUGCCGAGUCAGAUUUCCGGACAUUUUUGACCCUAGCUAACUCCACUCAGUAGGGUGGUGGUGUGGCGGUCGAAUGUUCUAGAAUGUUCGGCCGCCACCGCCUCUAGAAGAUUCCUCUGACUAGGAUUUAAGGGCAAGAUCGUCGCUCCAGUCAAUCACUUACGCAUUCUGACUUAAAUGCGCUUCGUCUCUCGCUGUUAUUUGUUAGUUCGUUGUAAUAUAGUAUAGUUGUUAUUAAACCGUAAAAGUGUUUAUUACUUCUAUAUAUUACACCUCGCUUCAGUUUUUUUUAUAGAUGCUUGAUGUCUUUACCUAUCAUUUGGUAUAUUUUUUUUAUAAAUUUAACCCUUAACCUUCCCACAAAUGGGGAUUUAAAAUGACAACUUUUUCACAAAAAAUUAACUUUUUCAACCUAACUUUUGAAAAUG